ACGUCGUAAAUACAUUCAAAGGGCAGCUGACAAGUCGUUUAUGUUGUUAAAUGGUGGAUGACUGGCCGUUUGUUGAAUAGAAAUGAAACUCUGGUCAUAUCAACAAUGCUACAUCAUUUGCUAUUGGACUGUCAGAAUUAACAAUAAAACUACAUUAAGAUAAAUAGUAAGGGGGUGUCAUCUUCCUGCAACCAAUAGAUGAUUAUGAACUUAGGAUCAAUCCAUCUUAACUUGCUUUGGCACUAAGCAGAAUUUGAUUAGCUAUCAGUGAAAUGAGUUUAUCAAUUUGAUUAUUUGAUGUAUUUUCUUAAACUGGGCAUGGUAAUCUUUAACUUCUUCAUUUUUGCUGCAUCCAUGAACUAAAGAUUUCACAUUUGCAAGUAAUGUGUAAAUGCAGGCAACAAUUAAAAAUCAAGUGUUGUGUUGAAGUUUUGUGAUUCUGUAAUAUCUGUGAUGAGAAACUGGGUAUGUUUGACUUGUUAGCCCUGCCGUCGCUUGGAAGUUAGGCGCAGGAACUGCUGCUAUGACUAUGACUCAUUACUGGGUUGAACGACUUACAGAAGGAAGAAUCUGGCAUAGGCCACAUUAAACUGUCAUUUACUUAUGGAGAAUGGUCCACAUUGUUUGUGGAUGAGGAAAUUCCACAACUUGUACAGUCAUCAAUGUUGUCUUUUUGUGCAAAGUCUGAUAUUUAUUUCAUGCUGCAGAAACUGGGUUUAUAUGCGUUGAAUCCUCAUCUUCAAUCAUCUUAUUUCCUUGGACAGUGAAAAACGAUGGGAUUUUACCUUCAGCUGCGAGAUACCAUGGCGUUGUUGGCACUUGUUUUUGCUAUUAUUUUUCUCUGUGUGAUUGUAAAAACUGCCAAAGGGAGCAAGAACAAAGGCAGGAGGCCACCGGAGCCAGCAGGGGCAUGGCCUUUUAUCGGUCAUCUUCAUCUUCUUGGAUCAAACCAGCUGCUGCAUCGAACAUUUGGAGCCAUGGCUGAUAAGUAUGGUCCAACCUUGUUGAUCCACCUUGGAAUUCAUCAAGUGCUGGUAAUCAGUAGCUGGGAAGUGGCAAAAGAAUGUUUCACAGUAAAUGACAGGAUUUUCCCUACCCGUCCAAGGUAUUUUGCUAUAAAACUUAUGGGAUAUGACCAUGCCAUGUUUGGCUUUGCUCCUUAUGGACCAUAUUGGCGCGAGAUUAGGAAGCUAGUCGCAGUUGAGAUUCUCUCAAAUCGCCGCCUUGAGUUGCUCAAGCAUGUCCGUGACACAGAAAUCAACUGUUUCAUAGAAGGGUUAUAUAAAAAAAGUGUCAAAAAUGGAGGCCUUGUUGCUGUAGACCUGAAGGAAAGGUUUGGGGACUUAGCAAUGAAUAUCAUAGUAAGACUGAUGGCUGGUAAACGAUAUUUUGGUACUGAUGCAAGUGGUGAUGAUCCAGAGUCAAGGCGGUGCCAAAAGGCCUUGGGUGAUUUCUUCUACUUUGUGGGAUUAUUUUUGGCCUCAGAUGCAGUUCCAUGUCUUGGUUGGUUAGAUUAUGUGAAGGGAUAUGUAGGUGAAAUGAAGAGGACUGCAAGGGAGUUAGAUUCCAUCUUUGAGAGUUGGGUGCAAGAGCAUCAUCAAAAAAGGCUCAACAGAAACAUCAAUGAGGAGGAGCAUGACUUGAUAGAUGUGAUGCUGUCUAUCAUGGAUGAAGGCAGGAUUUCAGCUCAAGAUGAUGCACAUACUGUCAUUAAGGCAACUUGCUUGAGCCUUAUUUUAGGUGGCAAUGACACCACAGUGGUAACACUUACAUGGGUGAUAUCUCUGUUACUGAACAAUCGCCAUGUGCUAAAGAAAGCGCAAGAUGAGCUCAACGUCCAUGUCGGAAAACAUAGGCAAGUAGAGGAGUCAGAUAUAAAGAACCUGAUAUACUUACAAGCCAUUGUGAAGGAAACAUUGAGAUUAUACCCUGCACUGCCACUUUCAGCACCACGCAAGGCCAUGGAGGACUGCACCAUAUCUGGCUUCCACAUUCCAGCAGGCACACACCUCGUUGUUAACCUGUGGAAGUUGCAGCGUGACCCCAGCAUUUGGUCAAACCCUUCAGAAUUCAUACCUGAGAGGUUCCUUAAUGACCAUGCCAAGUUGGACUUUAAUGGUCAGGAUUUUGAAUAUAUACCAUUUGGUUCUGGAAGGAGGAAGUGUCCAGGGAUCUCAUUUGCACUUCAAGUCCUGCAUUUGACCCUGGCUAGGCUGCUUCAUGCAUUCGAGUUAGGGACAGUCUCGGAUACACCAGUGGAUAUGACUGAAGGUCCUGGAUUGACUGUCCCCAAAGCAACACCAUUGGAGGUCACCCUUACUCCAAGGCUAGAUUCCAUCUGCUAUUCGAGUACUAAAAACUAAGAACAGUAAUAGCCUCUUCUGCUUCGUGCUCAUCGAUGUAUCAAACAUGUAAACUAUGUACAGGAUCAUAUUUAUGUAAAAACAAACUCAAAACUAUUGAGUCUAAAAGUUUUAUCACUUAUCUCAUUAUUGUGAUACUUUUAAAACAGAAUU